CCAGAUGCCUGACUGCAGAGGCUUAUUUAGCAGAGCCUGGCUGGCUGCAAGGAGAGCAUUGAGGACAAGCACACUUUACACCAAGAAAUCCCCCUCCUGCCUCGUUUCAGCUACUUGCAUCCAAAACAAAUUGAUGGAUCUGGGCUGAGCAGCUGAGAAAAACCGUUGAGAACGACCCAUUAUAAUAAGUAGGCUUUAUCAGCAAGUCCCAAUGAACUAAGUGGCAUCAAGCAAACUUGCUCAGGACUGGCAAACCUAUGAAUGCUUCCUCAAGAGGAGGAGGAGGAGGCAGUGUCCUGCUGCUUUGCUUGUUGCUGCUGCUGCUGGCGCUGGAGUCAGGCGCUGCGCCGGGCAGCCCUGGGCCCGUGCCUCGUCGGGGUCCUUGCAGCGGAGCCCGUGCGGGGAUGUCUGGGAGACCCCGCGCCGACUGCUGCUCAAACAUCACGUUGACAUGGAUGAUGAAGAUGGCCGAUGCUUGUUAGAUGUAAUUUGCGAUCCUCAGGCCUUGAACGAUUUUUUACAUGGAUCUGAAAAGAUUGACAGUGAUGAUCUCCUGGACAACACAGGAGAUGCAGCCAGUGCCUUCUUUGAGGGUGCUGGGCUGCACGUACAGGAAUCCUCUGGCAAUCAUUUGAACCCUGAGCAGAGCCAGCCCACAACAAGUGUUGACUUAGACUUCUUGGAAGAUGACAUCCUGGGAUCGCCUUCUGGGAGCGGGAGCAACCUGCAGAACUCAGACCAGCCCUGUGACAUUCUCCAGCAGAGCCUGCAAGAGGCAAACAUUACCGAGCAGACCCUGGAAGCAGAGGCAGAGCUGGACCUGGGGUCUUUCCAGCUCCCUACGCUACAGCCAGUGGUCCAUACUGCCUCUGAUGGCACUCCGCAGAUUUUUUCCAGUGGGGCUGACCUCAUUGGACUUCAGCAGCCUGCAGUGUUGACCCAUCAGGCACUGGUGCAGCAAUCAGUAGGGGCUGAUGUGGUCAACAAGGCCAUCAGUGUGCAGCCUUUUCUCCAGCAAGUGGGCUUGGGAAAUGUCACCAUCCAGCCAAUAUCCAACCUACAAGGGUUACCCAAUGGGAGCCCCAGUGGAGCACUGGGCAUUGGGCAAAUUCAGGUGGUGGGCCAGCAAGUCAUGGCAAUUAACCAGCCUGGUCAGCAGAUCAUUGCGAAGCAAGUCCAGCCUUCCCAAGUGGCUACUAUGCCAGUUGGCAGUUACAUCACCCAGACUGCCCCGGAGCAACAGCAGGUCACUCUUGCCUCUGCUGGGGUCUCUCCACAGAAUGCUGGGCUUGUCAUCCAGAAGAACCUCCCAGCAGUAGCCACAACAACACUGAAUGGAAGCUCCAUGUUUGGGAGUGUAUCUGCCACCCAGGGCUCCCAGCCUCUCACCGUCACAUCCAACUUGAGCAGCUCACUAGUGCAAGCUCAAAAUGUGAUCAUUCACCGGACACCCACACCAAUUCAGCCCAAGCCUGCUGGAGUCCUCCAGCAGAAGUUGUACCAGAUCACGCCCAAACCAUUUGGCCCCAACAAUGCUACCCUAACGAUCCAGAAUGAGGCUGCCCUCCAACAGCAGAAAGCCCAGCAGAACUUAACCUUCAUGGCCGGCAAAGCAGGGCAGAAUGUGGUCCUCUCUGGGUUCCCGCCAGGGCUGCCUGCCAACAUGUUCAAGCAGCCCCCGCCACAGCAGCAGGCCCUGAGCAAGCCUAUGAGUGUCCAUUUGCUGAAUCAAGGCAGCAGCAUUGUGAUCCCAGCGCAGCAUGUCCCUCAGGCCAUGCUGCAGGGUCAGAACCAGUUCCUUCUCCCAGGACAACUCACUGGCACUUCUGCAGUCCAGAUUCCCCAGCAGCUGUCAGCCCUGCAGGCUAACAUGGGAGGACAGAUUUUAACAACUUCUCAUCCUAGUGGUCAAACUCAUAUCAUCACUAGCCAAGGGCCUGGUGGGCAACUAAUAACAAACCAAGCACUGCCUGCCCAGAUCCUCACCAAUCAGAACCUGGCAAGCCAGCUGAACUUGGGGCAGGUCCUGACAUCACAGAAUGCACAUGGGACAGCCCAUAUUCUUUCUGCUCCUAUCCAGCUACAACCAGGGCAGGUUGGCCAGCCAACUCUCUUCCAGAUGCCUGUGUCCCUGGCUGGUAGCCUGACAACCCAGAGCCAGCCCAGUGUUGCAGCUUCCCUGGCUGGCAGUGCCAUCAAUCAGGCUGGCCAGACUGUUAUCCAAGGAGUCACCCUGCCCAACCAAGUGGCUAUGUUAAAUGCCACUGAGAACCUCAACCCAACUGUGACCAUCCAAGCACCCCCUAGUGCUAGCAGCCAGAGUCCCAAUCUCAUUCAACCACAGCCAGCCUCCAAUACCAACCUGCUGGCAAGCAGUGACCAGGCAAACAUAUUAACCGUCCAGCCCAGUUCCCAGCAUACUUCUGCUCCUGCUCAGCUUCAGGUGAAUGUGCAGCAACAAACUCCACCACCUCAACAGUCAGCGCAACUUCCUGGGACUUCUCAGCCCAGUCCUAACUUGGUGGCAUCCAGUCCUGAAAAGAUUAUUUUGGGCCAGACAGCUGCUGGAACCAUUAUCUCCCAGGAUUCCAUGCAGAUGUUCCUCCAACAGAAGGAACGGAGUCAGCAGCAGCAGCAGCAGUUUUAUUCGCCAACCCUGAAAAUGCAGCAGGAGAGUACUAUGAGCGAAUCCACAGUCUCUCCCCACCUGUCCAUGCCUCUGCCCAUCUACAGCAUAGCCACCACCGCACUCAGCACCACAAGCAGUGUCCCAGCCUCGGUGAUAGUCAGCAGCAGCGUAGGCGCAGUCCUGCAGCCGCCUGCCAGCCGAGAGCUGAGCCAGAACCACAACCUGCCACCGGUGGAGUCCAAAAUACCUCAGUUCUCAGCUGGCCCUUCCCAGCAGGCACUGGCUUGCCAGUUGCCUUCAGGGCAACAGAAACUCCCUGGAGCUUCCCCAUCCCAUUCACUACCUCAUCCCUCCAUGGGGGAGAGCCCCCAGCUCCAGCCCACACACCUCUCGCAGAUGCAGUCUCCACACCAAUCCCGUCCUCCCUCGCAGCCUCAGCCUCUUUCCCGGCCCCCUUCCCGGCCUCACUCGAGGCCUCCUUCCCAACCUCAGACAUUGUCCCGGCCUCCUUCUGAGCCCUUGUCACGGUCCUGCACCCCUCAGACUCAGAUGCAGAACUUGUAUGUGAUCCAGAAUCAAAUCGCUUCUUCCCCUCAUGGCCCCAACCAACACCCCCUUCGGCCCCCCUCACAGCCUCAGGUAUCAUUCCAAGCACCACAGGCCCAGCCGGAGGGGCAGCCUCAGUUGGCCACACCACCACAUCUUCAGCUACAGGUUCAGCUUGCCCCCCAACUUCAGCCCCAGGUCGAGACCCAAGUGCAAGCUCGGCUCCAAUCCCAAAUUCAGGCUUCGUCGGAGGUUCAGCACUCCCAUUCCCCUCAUUUCCAGCUUCAGUUCUCUGCCCAGGGCUCCAUCAGGCCUCCCACACCGACCCAGACGCUUCAUCUCACCGCAGAACAACAGAGGAGUUUCCAGAUGGUCCCAAAUCAGUUUCAGGCGCUCUCUGCAAUUCCAGCUUCUAUACCUCAGCAGAAGCAGCUCACAGACCGCUUUCAGCAGGUACCCCAGGGGAUUAUCCUGCAAACGAAACAGCCAACCUCCACUAGCCAAGCGCCACCUGUGCUGAGCCAGUUCAGCAGCCAAUCCUCUUCGGUCCUGGUUAGCAGCCAAGGACAGCAGCAGAUCACAGUGACGACAACUCAGGCGCCACCCAUUCCUAGCCAUGCGCCUGUCUCCACUGCAGUUCAGCCUUCCAGUGCUGGUUCUAGCAAGGCAGCCCCAGUGCUUGAAAAGGGGCAAGUACAACGAGAGAGAGGAGGAAGCGGCGGUGGUGGUGGAGGAGGAAGUGGAGGCCAACCUGCCCAACCAACAGCACACCUCCAGCAGCAAACACCCGUGUUGGUCAAAUCAGUUUCAGUCUCUGUUUCUACUGCAGCCCCUGCAGACAGCAAAACAUUUUCCAGCAGCUCCACAACUAUAUCUGGAGGCAAAGCAAUCCCAGGCCAAGGAAAACCUGCAGUUCCUCUCACUAUACAGCAGCCAGUUCAGCAGGCUAAGCCUGGAGUAAUUAGCUCUGUGUCAGGCCUGAAUCUGGGGAAAAGUCCACUUCAGCUCCAAGUGGUUGGAAAGAGUUUGCCACAACUCAUGCCUUCAGCACCUGCCCAAAUCCAGCAGCAGUAUGAUAGCAAGCUUGGUAGCCUGAAGAAACCAGCCCCGAUGCUACAGCCCAGCAAGGAAGCUUGUUUCUUGGAGCAGCUGCAUAAACACCAAGGAGCGGUCCUCCAUCCUGAUUACAAAACCUCAUUUCGGUCAUUUGAAGACGCUUUACAGAGGCUCCUACCGUACCACGUUUAUCAGGGAGCGCUGCCUUCUCCCCAUGACUAUCGGAAAGAUGAAGAGUUUGAAAUGGUGUCAACACAGUUGUUGAGACGCACACAAGCCAUGCUGAACAAAUAUCGCCUACUGCUCUUGGAGGAGUCACGGAGAGUCAGUCCUUCAGCAGAGAUGGUGAUGAUCGAUCGGAUGUUCAUACAGGAGGAAAAGACCACCUUAGCUCUUGAUAAACAAUUAGCGAAGGAGAAGCCUGAUGAAUAUGUUUCUUCCUCUUCGCGGUCACAGAGUUUUGCCUCAUCUAUGGCUCAGGGCUCUCUGCCUAGCAGUGUCACUUCAGCUUCCGAGAACCUGAAGACACCUCCAGUGCAGAUGGCAACCCAGAUCAACCCCACAAAACUGGUCAUCAAGCACAGCGGAGGCUCUCCCUCAGUGACGUGGGCCAAGGCCUCUCCUUCACUGGAUGGUGAUGAAGAUGCCUUGCCUUCCAGGAGCAAGCCACCUAUCAAAACCUACGAAGCCCGGAGCCGGAUUGGACUGAAACUGAAGAUCAAGCAGGAGGCAGGACUUAGCAAAGUGGUUCACAACACUGCCUUGGACCCAGUUCACCAGACGCCACCACCCGUCUGCACAGUGAUCAAAACAGUGGACCAGCAUUCAACAUCCUCAACUGUUGCUGCUGCCACCACCGCUACCACCACCACUGCCACCUCGAUGGCGGGGCAAAUGAAUGGGACAGUUGACCACAUCACUGCAGCUCCAACGGAGAAGAAACCUAUUGUGACUUACUGCAGGCUUCCUCUUCGGAAGACUUACCGGGAGAAUGUGGAUGCUUUUGUAGCAGAUAAAGCGCCAGAUGCCACCCUGAAAGGAAGUACUCCAAAAGCCGACAUGGUGCCAAGCACCCUGAUCAUCAAGCAGGAUGGUGGGUCCAGGAGCGUCAUUACUUCCCACAAGACUCAUGAGAGUUCCUCUGUGUCUGUGGCAGAGAAGGGCAGGCCAGAGGAAAACACCAAACAUACUUUCUUCAACCGGAGUGACGCCCGUUCCCUCGUGAUGCAGGAAAGCCCUGCCCCUCCCAAGACCGACGAUUCAACCAGUGGCCUUAUGAAGGAAUUAGCAGAGGUUGAAGAUGAGUUUUAUCACCGGAUGAUAAAGACCGAGCCGCCUGACCACGGUUCUGCUCCUGAACUCGCAUGGGAGGUGCCUCUCCCGCCAGCCAAACGUCGGAAGUCGGAAUCUUUUGACGUGGACAAUGCCAGCUUCUCCAGUGACAGCCCCCCAGAUGACUCACUUAAUGAGCAUCUACAGAGCGCCAUUGACAGCAUUCUGAAUUUGCAGCAACCUCAGGCUGGGGGCCAGAACACCCGAACACCCUCCUCUUCCUAUAACUCCUCCUCUUCCCCUUUCUCCUCCCCUGUCCACCGCACAGACACAUACCUUGCCCCCAAUCACAAUGGCGGCCUUGGAGCAAGGACGUUGAAUAGAUAACAGAAAUGGAAAGUGAGCGGAGACUGUACAAAGCAAGCCAAGGACUGAAGCUGGAGCAGCUUCUGUUGGCUGGAAAAUGGUUGGAAGCCAAGGUGCCCCUCCUUAGAGACCCUUAGAGGAUGGGGCUGAUACCAGAAGGGAAGCGUGAGGGUCUCAGGCGGAGAGGGCAACAAGAAUGUCCUACAGAGGCUUCAUCCAUCCAAGUGUUGAUAUGAUGGGUUUGGGUUGUUGUAAAGUACAAGCUGCGGCUGGAUUUACAAUACGCUUGUCUCAUCACAUGCACCGCUAAAAGAAGAAGAGGAAAGUUCAGCAACUGCCAGGCAGGCAGGUGGGAGGGGGUUGGAUUGGGGCCGAUAGGUAGUGUUGGCUGUGUAAUAUUUAGAUUCUGUAACAAAUUGCUAAUUUGAAUCUCUGAAUGAUGAUAAUUGGAUUUAUUCCCCCCCCCCCCCCGCCUUUCAAAGUCCGCUAUUCUGUUGAGAACGUUUUAACAAAUCCCGUGCCCAAAGCCAGCAGGGAGGCCAAAGCAAUGGGGCAGGGGGACAAGUCCCUGGGAGUUGCCACAAAGGGCAAGUAUGUAAUUGGUUUUUGUCAGGUUUCUUAAGUUAUUUUAAGUAUAAACUAUCUGCUUUCUUCCCCCCCCCCCCCCCUUUCUUUUAAAAAAAAAAGUAAGUUCUGAACAAAACGCAAGAAAGAGAGGUGAAAUGAUACAAACACUAACACUUAAAAGCAAAUAAAAAACGGUUAUGAGUUUAUAAAUCAACGAGUUGGAAAGAGAGAACCAGUCUCCUUUUGGGUGCGGAUGGGGCUGGUUAAUAUGGCCGUGAUGAGCGGAGUAAGGAAGGUUCUGACAAGAGGGUAGCUGUCUCUCCUUCCCUUUUUGACAUAAAACAGAGUCAGGCUGACCGUUGCAUAAGAGUGGGCUCUAACUGAAAUCUCAGUGUUCACAUACUGCAGUGUAGGUAGCUGCUCCCCUUGGUAAGGCAGGCAAAGGCAGGUAGACAAGCAGUUUCCUCCUCUCUGUAUCUUUGUGUGCUUCCACCUUUUGUAUAAGUGACUGUCAUGGUAUGAAUUAUUCUUUCUGACCUUUCUUAUUUUUAAAUACACAGCUUGGCCCUUCUCAUACAGCUACUUGCACAUGAGUUGUGGGAGAGAAUAGGAACCCCUUUGGCGGGAUCUGUCAGCUUCUCGCUUUAGUCCGCUGGAGGAGAAGAAAGCAAUGCCAGCCACACUGGGUUGAAUCAAGACUAAAUUAAUUCAUAUCUUAACUUUCCUUGUGGAUUUCAUUAGUGUGGGGCUAACCUAAUCUAGAUCCAACCCUCGAUCUUCUCCGGAGCCCACUAAUACAACUCUGCUGGCCACUGCGAGAAAUAAAAAAGAUCCAUCUUUGCAGUUGCGCAGUUUUGUGCUAUUUUCCUGCUAGACCUUUGCAGCUGUGGAAAGUUGUUUUUAAAACGAAUUUCACUUUUCUUUCUCUGAUUGUCUCUUUUUUUGUUGUGGUCUAUAAUUUUUCUUUGUUGAGGCCUGGUAAGCCUUAUUGCAGUACAACUUGCAGUAAAGAAGUUUGAGUGCUAACAGUAAAGGGGGGCUGUCUACCAAUAAGUUUCCCCAUGUGUCAGGUAUAUUGUUUUGUAUGAGGACAAAAGAAUUCCAGUAUCAUGGCCAUCAAAAAGCCAUGUUUCCUAGUCUACAUUGGUCUUGUCUCCAAGAGAAAAAAUGGAUAAAAUCUCAUGUUAAAAUUUGCAUCACAGGGGUGACCUGAGAUCAAAAAUUUGUCCUUGUAACAGCUAAUAUAAGAUGCAGUCUUUGGUUAACAGCAGCCUGGCGGAGUUGAAAAUCAAUCACACCAGAGACUGAUAUGUAGAGAGUAGCCUUCAAAACAGUUGUACAUGAAUCAUUCCAAGUCUCUCUCAAAUAAUGAAGAGUUUCCUUUCCCCCCAGAAGUGUUGACAAGACCCCAGACAGAAUCAAGACUAAAGGGUUGCACUCACUGUGGUAAUAAAGGUGCUGUUAGGCAGUCCUUCGCCUUUAGGUUCCUCCGCUCCAUAGUCCUUCCUCUUCUGCCUCUCUAGCUCCCUUGUCCCUGCCAGACUUUGCAUAGCUACUCUCUUGUACCUUUGGAAGUGCCAUCUCUCUUUCCUCUUUUUCCUUUAUGGCUUAAUGGUCCAUCACCAGAGACUAGGCAGAGUGGCCCUUGGUGUACUUAGAAGCUUAGAGAACAUCUUUCAGCUUGCUUCGUCAAAAAGCAAGGACCUCUUCUAUUCCUCCGCAGCUGGUCUGUGUGACAGCGGAAAAGAGAAAACGGGGCAAGCAAUGCCUUUUCAUCAGGCAGCCUUCUGUUCAUGGUAAAAUGUGCAAUCUUGAGUUAGUGCAGAACUCUUUCGCAAGCAAAGUGGAAGAUGCUCCCUUUUUUAAAAGAGCACAAGUGCUUGCUCUUUGAAUAUUUUUAAGUCGCACAUACUCUUACUGCAAGAGAAGCGGCGAUGGCAAUAUUUUUCUGCUUUAUAUCCCUUUCUCAUGGUGGACUGCAGGCCAACAUCUGUUAGCAGCAAAUCAGGAUCAUUAUUACCCUUUUAGUUUUCAAGUUUUCAGGGCCCUCCAUAGAGCACUGCAGAUUAGUCGGCAUUUCUUCCUCAGUCUUGCUUACAACCCAGUCUUAAAGUGCAAUACCAACAGCGCAGAUCCAGCCUUGAUUCUUAGUCUUUUCAGGCUUCCUCAGUGAGCUCCUCACUGUUUUACAAUCUUCCAAACUAACCCAUAGAUGAAAGAUUUAAUGCAACAACAACAAAAAGAGCCUGCAAAAGCCCAGACCACCUUUGUCUAUAUUUUCAGUGCCAAAAUGUCCCUUUAUGCUAUGGGUGAAAUUGAUUGUAGAGACAAGAAGGGAGCUUGCAUUCAAGAAACUUUCAAAGCCAGGCCGUGAUGUUCACUUAUGCUGUUAUUACUUCUUUGUGGAGCAGUUGUGAGGUGAGCUUCUCCCCAAAGAUCCUAUCUCCCAGAGUGGGAAUUCUUCUCUGCCAUCAAGAGAAUUGAUAUGAGCAUGUAGAAAUCCUCCCGUUUUUGCAACAGAGAAGGAUUUUCUGCAUAACUUAAGAAAGGAAAAGCAAAUCUUCCUCCCCGCUCUCAAAAAAUGCCUCGAGUCAAAGCCUGCUUCAUAGCAACAAGGGUUUUUCCAGUUCAGCCGCUCUGAGCAUUGGGUUAAACUGAAGUGGCAAUGCCCAGAGCAUAGCUGCAUUUUUUAUGUGUGCCCCAUUUUUGUUAGUGUGCCUCCUCUUUUGACAGUGUCUUCUUUCCAAAAUAGGCACUCUGCCUGAACUCAAAACAGACUUGUAUGCGCUUGCGCACAAGUUAGAAAGCAGCUAUAAACAGCUGCAGUGUUCAAUAAAUGUCUGUUUAGAACUGCCCUGCAACAGCCCCUUUAUCUACUAAUAACAUUGGAUAUCGUCUUUUGUAUUAUUCCCAUUGCCUUCUUCUUUCUUGUUUUUAUUUUUAAGAGAGAGAGAGAGAUACCUUUCUUGUUAUUACAUUCAGAUGAAAAGCAGAGCAGCCUACUUUGUUGGAUGCCUUUCCACAAUAUAAACCAAGAGCAAGACUAUGGCCAAGUACUGGAAGUCCGACUUUGUCUUUUUGGAAUGGUGCUAAAUCCUCUGCGUUCAUUCAUUAGCUAUAAAUCUUUGGUUUUCUCUCUUCUACUUUCAGAAUUCAUUCUUUCUUUCUUUAUUUUUAAUGCUAUUACGAUUUCAGGGAGGCAGGAAUUUACUGCAGCUGCCUUGAGAAUUCCUUUGCAUUUCUCUUUUCUACAUUUGCUUUUCCCCCCCUUUCUCAAGCAGUGCUGAAACAAAACCUCUUUGAUAUUUGUCUUGAAGAUCACUGCCACGGCCAAACUCUGAUGAUAAAUUGUCCUAAGGUUUUGAACUCCAGAGCUUUUUAAACUCCUUUCUUCAGGGAAAAUCCACAGAAGCCUGAGCUGAAAGGACCCAGCAACUUUUCUGAAUUGUACCUUUAACAUAUUAAGAAAGCAAGCAAUUCUCUUCAGAAUAUUAACAGCCAUUAUGUUAUACUAGGAUUACUCCUCUUAAAAGUUAAAGUUAUAGGUAUGUUCUUCAAUUAUUCUCCAAAGGGAUGUGGCAGAUAGAAAAGUGAAAACAACUGGGUGUCCCUAAACUUGGAAUAUCCUGAAGCCUCUUUUUUAUUCACUUCUCACCCAAAUAUUAAGCACAAAUUAGGUGACGCCUUAAUGCAGACGUCCUCAAACUGGCAUCCUCUGGCCGGGAUGCACUACAACUUCCAUAAACCCCAAGCUAGCUAGGAAGUUAUGGGAAUUGCAGUCUAGUCCAUCUGGAGGAUGGCAAGUUGAGGAAGCUUGCCUUAACAUAUCCAUCUAUUUAUUCUGUAUUUUCAUUCUUAAAAAACAGAGCUCUAUAUCUUGUCCAUAGUUGCAGGAACAGCUUGUACUGAAGCGAGUACUUUUGGGAUAACUAGUUUUGAAAGAACAGCCGCUUCUAAAUGUACAUGAUUUGGCAGCCAGGUUAUUUGUCCCAGUGCCCAAGGUAGAUCUCUUACACCAGUUUCAUGGAAUUCUGGCUGAGUUUCAGCCAUCACUUCAUUCUUCUAAGUACAUAUGGGUAUGCGUGCACAUACAACACAUCUAUGUGCACAAUUUGCUUCAUUGUUUUAACGUUUGUUUGGGUUUUUUAAAUGAAGAAAGAAUUGGUUUUCCCCGUUCUCCUUUGCUUGUUUGCACCUGCAGGGAUUGCCGAACACACAGAGAAAUCUCAGUGUGCAAAUAUUUUGCGCAUUGCUCUUCUUGCAAGGCAUGUUUGACAGAUAUUUGCACAGGCAUGCAAUGGUAGAAAGCUGAUCAGGGCCUAGUUUAGAGAAAUAAAAGACUGAAUUUAGGCCUGCUUUUUUUAAAAUAGUAUUAUUAUUCUCUUGCCUUAUUAUCACUGAUAUGUUUUGACGAAGGAGAGAGAACUUAUAAGUGGAGGUUUCUUGGUUCCAUUUUGUUUCACAGACUAGUUUCUAAACAUGCAAUACAUCAUGGAUGUCCAUUAUUAUUAUUAUUUUUAAUUCUGUCUUAUUGUCAUUAAUUCUGUGGCAAUGUCAGGCAUCCCCCCCCCCCCCAAAUGAUAAGAAGUAAUGCCCCAAAUGCUUCAGUCACGGAACUGGAAAAGCAGAAGAUACUGUAAAAUUUUGCUCUUGGUCGAAAGCUAAUUUUUUUAGCAUCAUUCCCAUCUUCUUUAAACUUUACUGUGUCUUGUGAAGUAGGAAUAAGAAUUUUGUGUCCUUAAAAUGCAGUUUACUGGAGAAGAACGUUUUAGGGGUGUAAUUGAACCAAAAGUGAGGUUAAAAGGUCUACAUUUCUCUCCCUUUCUCUGUCUUGUUUUGUCUCCGAUGGGAUGUUUCAUUUCCAUUCUUACCAAUGGUGGAAGCUGCUGAAGAAAAUGGUAUACCAGAGGCCCCCCAACCCUUGGCUUUUUGUGCUUUGUCGCUCAUAAAUGUUCAAUGCCUCACGUAGAUACGCUUAUGUCUUUGUCAGAAUGUGCAUGAGGGGUUUACUGGAUCGGGCAGCAGAUUCCCUUUUCAAAAAUGAUCCAUUGGGAAAGCCCCCUGUACAGUUCGUAUUCAUUUCUGACAGGUAUUUGGAGCUGUCUCAAUGGAUUCUCUCUAUUAUACUGUAAAGAGAAAUGGAGAUACUGCUUUCCAUUUACACAUUGUAUGGCACACAGUUUAAUUGUGCCAUUCCUGAUUUAGUUUUGGAUGAGGCGACAUUUUAAAUCAUCUUUCUUGAGAGAGGAGCAGUUUAGUAUGUCCUGAAGUACGUCCCCAAUGUUUGCCCCAAUUUCCAAGGGCUGCAUCCGUGGUGCAGAAAUAAUCUGGUUUGACGCCACUUUAACUGCCAUGGCUCCAUGCUAAGGAAUUCUGGGGAUUUAGAGCUCUGCUCUGGUGUCUCAACAAACAACAAUCCCCAGAAUUUCCUAGCAUGGAGCCAUGGCAGUUAAAGUGGGAUCACAGCGGAUUAUUUCUGCAAUGCGGAUACAGCUAAAAUCCUUGUAGAAGGAGUCCAGGACUUGGUCCCACUCUACUGCCCUGAUCCAGGAUCCUGUAUGUACUCUGAUGUAUCACAGCCUUCCUACACAAACAGGCUUUACCAGCCAGUGGUAAAUUUGUUCCCUCCAUAAAGUAGAACACAAUUCUAGCAUCUAUGAGAAAUUGCCAAUGAGUAGAAGGAUAACAAGAGGUUCCUCUUUUGGUGUGAAGAGCUGCUGGAGGAACAUCCUUCCCAAACAAAGACAACAACCAGAUCUGGCUUUGAAGCCACUUGGCUGAAGCCUACGGUGCUCUCCACCUCAUAAUUCCCUUGUUAUGGUUGGGUUCGGGGGAAGAAAAACAUACGGUUAGGAAGCAAUAAGGGAUUUUCUGACUCCCAAGCUGGUGGGGUUUUCUUCUUUUUAUAUAUAUAAAUAUAUAUAUAUAAAUGUAUAUGACAUUGUUUGGCUUUUUGUUUUGUUUAGUGUCCUUUUAUUUUCUUCUAAAAAGUGUGGAUUUGGGAAUGUCAGCUCAUUGGGUUGCCACCUCUUCAGACUGCAAAAACGGUUAAGUUGGGGGAAAACGUUUCCUUCCCAAUGAAAGGUUAAUCUACAUUGGCACUCUUAUUAUUUUUAACGGGGACAUGUAUUUAGCACCUGAUUCUUUCCAGUAUUUUGAAGCAUAUUUAAAGUGACCAUAGGUUUUGUUUUGUUUUGUUUUGUUGUUUUAUAAGCACAAAGGUAGAGAGGGGAAAUGUCCAUCUCUCGAGUGCGUAUUUAAAUUUACACGGAGUGUUUCUUUUUCUUCUUUAAGGGAGGGUUAUUGGAAAAGAGAAGGAAAGAGGCAGAGUGCAGCUCUUGGGAAGCUUCCAACCUGCGCAGUUCAACUCAUAGCUCAUUUAGAACUUAAAAUGGGCGCCAUACGAAGGUAAAAAGGCCAUUUCCAAAAGUUAAGGAAACCCAGUUAGGUCCUUCUGUAUCCUUUGGCUUUCCCAGUAAAAGAAAGCAAAACCUAAUACCCCACUUCUUUUAGUAUUAAAAAACAAGAAAGUAACCAGGUUUUUUCUUUCCUUCCCCUGCUGGUACCAGUUUGGACUUCAUCACAGUUCAGAAAAACAAAAUAUAGUACUAUAAAAUAAUUUUGUACUGUAUUUAUUGUGUAUAACAAUUUUUUAAAAGAAUUAUGUACAUUUAGUACUUCUGUGUAAAUUAAAUUUGCUCUUCUUUUUUAAAAUGGUA